UCUCGCGACCCAAUGUGGCGCUAAUGGAUCACCAGUUAGCUCAAUGCGGGCAAGGUUCAAAUUAAUACCCUUUCUACAGUUGUUCUGCGACAGCUUCUUCAGCAGCGUACAGGGCGCUCGUAUUACGUCUUAGGCCAGCUAAUAAUUGCCGAAGGAAGUUUUUAAUUCGUAUUCGCAGAAGAGUUUCAGUUUCUCACGUGCAUCACCAGAAGAGCCUGAAACAAAAAUGGAGAAUUAUCCUGACGAAAAAUCAAGCAGCUUUCUGUUGGACGCUUCUCUGCUGUAUAAGGACAAAUGCCCGGAGUUAUCCCGCUUCUACCUGCAGGGGCCUCUGAAAGCUAAAGCACCUCCGAAAGAAAAAUACUCCAGUGUGUCGCUGAACACUUCGGUGUGUCCGUACUGUUGUCAGUGGCUGCAGCCUGACAAUCACCACGUGCGGCUGUGGCCAAAGCAGCGUCCAUCAGCACGGGUGCAGAGUAUCCUGCUCAGGAGGGCCAGAGGCAAACGACUCAGCCUGGUGCAGAGAAAUCUGCUGCACCGCUUCCAGAAGUCCCCUUCUGUACUGAUGGCCACCUGCCAUACUUGCAGUAAGACAUCCAGGUACAAGGGGAUGAACAGGGAUUUUAUAGCUACAUUCGCCAGGACCCACAGCACACCAGGGAGUGCUGGCAAGCACAAAACCCCACAGUCAACCAGCAAAUCCAACAUGAAUACCCCCAAGACUCCUGGCAAGGGUAGGACACCUGCUCAUACACCUAGAUCCUCCUCCUCCUCUUCCAGCACUUCAGGAUCAGGUUCAGCUUCCUCCAAGUCUCCUAAACCUAAAAACUGGAUUGUCCAACGUCUCAGCAAGAUUCUCCUGCGAGAGGACAACCAGGGCAGCAGCAAGGGGGGCUUGAAAGAUUUUCUCUCCUCACUUUGAGCGUCUUAAGACUAUAUGUGCUUUAUCUUUGUGAAUACUCUUUAAAAAACAAAAACUGGGGAGUAGGCCAAUGUUGUAAACCGUGUACUCCAGAGGGUCAAAGGGGAACUUGAGAAUCCAGUCGAGUUUCCAAGUGUGGCGAGGCAUACAGUUUGCCCAACAGCACGACUGUUGCUGGGCUGAUUGGAACAGCGUGCCUGGAAUUCUGAAUGUCACCGGGGGGGCACUGAGGUCGCUAUUUCGGCUAUGAGUCAGAAAGAGAUGGAGGCUUCUUUUCAUCUUAUUUAACACAUCCCCCCGUUUGUAAACUCCCAAACUGUGAAUGCUGAGGAAUUAUUCAGUAUUUAUUUAUCAAACAUCACAGGACGCCCAGCUUUGUUCUAUGGCGGCAUUCAUGGCACGAUGAGCUGGUUUACAUAUAUAUGAAAUAAAACUACUAUUCGUGCUACUUGAUGUUAAAACUUUUGUAUUUGAUUUAAUUACACAUUUCAGCUUUUGGCUCUCUCCAGUGGGGAGAUGUGUCUACUUUUUUAUGGCAAAGUCUAAAUGUUCUGCCAUUGUUGCAUAUUUGUAUAUGCAUAUAAAGCAUUCUGAAUCUGUAUAAGUCACCAAUGAAAAUAUUUGUGAUUAUCAUUCAGGAUGGGACUCAUCAGUUGCUGUUUACACUUACAUCUGUAGACUUAUAAUCAAUGUCAUCUGUAAACUUUACAUUUUCUUUUUAUACUUUCUUUGGCAAAAUUGUUUAGUUCUAUUAAAUAUGACUUGUGUUGUUUUGUAUUGCCUGAUUGCUUACCCGGUUGUAGUUUAGCUUUUCAAUGAACACAGUUGUUUAAAUGCUGAAAUACC